GUUUUCAAGAUUCCAUGCACAUAUAUUCACUCUAUAAAUCAUAUCUCCACAUAAAUUCCUCAUUAUAUAUAUUUAAAAAAGUUAACUAUAUAUAUAUAUAUAUAUAUCUGUCAUCUGGUUAGGUGGGUCGAAUAUGGGGAAUUGCGUAGGAGGGUCGAGAAUAUUAUACACCGACAAAGAAGAUGAAGUUUUGAUAAGAGUGGUAACGCCCGACGGCGGAGUCAUGGAGCUUCAUCCUCCGAUCACGGCGGAGUCCAUAACCAACGAAUUUUCCGGCCAUGCCGUCUACCUCCGCCGGUCCUCUCCGCCGCUCCACCACCACGAGGAACUCCUCCCCGGCAACAACUACUCUCUCCUCCCUCUCUCCUCCGCCGAUAGACCUCCGGCUAUCCAAACGACGCCGUACAGGAUGUCCAACGCCGGCAAAACUCCGGCGGCGACUGCGUGGAAGGUGAGGCUGGUCAUAUCUCCGGAGCAGUUGGCGGAGAUUCUUGAGCACGACGCCAAGACGGAGGCGCUCAUCGAGAGUGUACGGACGGUGGCGAAGUGCGCCGGCGGUUACGGCGGAGCUUACUCCGCGUCGGUGGCGGAUUCCGACCAGUGGAGUGUUACGAGCAAUAACAGGAAACGGCCUUCCAGGUAGAUCUUUUCAUACGGCAAUUUCGUUUUCUCUCUCAUUAUCAGUAAUUACCUGCCGGGUUUAGUCAGCGUCGUUACAAUUUUAAUCGCUUGGAUUUAUUUCACAUCUGGUGCGGUACGUUAUUAUAUAUCCUUGGCGCUAUGUGUACGUAUAAUUAGUAAAAAUGAUGCAUAGCAGUGCAUACGAUGAAUAAUCCUACUUAGUUUCUUUAUAUUUCUUAUACAGUUUUAUAAUGAUGGAAUUUAAAUUUCGUAUGUUACGUUGUAUCUACCAUCUAUGGUUAGUUUCAUCAAAGAAUAUUGGGCUUCGUGAUUUUCAAAAAGGCCUUUGUGAUUGGGCUUGUUAAGGCCCAAAUAUGUUACCUUCUUCUCCCUAGGCCUAAUAAUGCUAUGUUAUUCGAAUGAUUUAUUAAAUGGUAAAUAAAUAUUUGUG